AUGAUUAAAGAAUCAUAUCCAAUAAUCUAUGCAUUCCUUUCCACUGAGAGAUACCUGUAUGAGGAUAUACUCAAGAGCAGGGUUUUCUUGCUUUGUUUGGAGACAGAGCAAAAGGCCCUGGGUGAUCUUAAAGGAUUGUUCCUUCAGAUUUUGUUGGUUCCUCUUUUCUCCCACAUGAAUAGUUACUGCUGCAGACAAAAUGCCUAUAUGUCAACUCUUACUCUGUUACAAUUAUAUGAAAGAAAUCAAAGUUACAAAGCUCUAAAAGAACCCAAAGAAUGGGCAAGUUCAUUAGCACCUGAGAGAUUUCAACAAAUUUAUAAAAUUAACAAAAUGAUAAUAACGGUGUUUCAUCACUUGUUUCACAAAAUUCUGUGUUUUUUAAAAACUCUAUUUGGACAGCACCUUUUAAAAUUAAUUAAUCUGGCCCACCACACGGUACACAGGAUCUUAGUUCCUCAACCAUUGCUUUUGUCCCGGAAAUGA